AUGUCGCCACCAAAGUCAACACGCAUCGCCAUCAUCGGCGCCGGAGUGUUCGGGUUGUCCACCGCACUUCGUCUGGCAGAGGAAGGCUAUACCAAUAUCUCUGUUUUCGAACGGGAUGGCCAAAUCCCGCCGCGAUACUCGGCUGCAUUCGACCUCAACAAGAUCGUGCGAGCGGAAUACGAGGAUCCGUUCUAUACGGAUCUGGCGUUGGAAGCUAUCAACGCCUGGAAAACCCCUCUGUACAGAGCGCACUACCAUCAAACCGGCUACCUGCUCGCAACCUCAGCAGCAGCACCGGCAAAAGCGAAGGAAACGCUCCAACGCUCCGUCAAAACCAUCCUGGACAAACCGGAAUUCAAGGACCAGAUCGUCCCCGUCAAGGGACGAGAUGAUAUCCGUAAAUUGGUCUGGCAAUAUGAUGGGCCCUUGACGGGGUGGACGGGGUACCUCAAUCGACUCGCCGGGUAUGCGCAUUCAUCGAACGCCAUCGAAGCCGUCUACAAGGCCUCUGUGGCCCGGGGCGUGAAAUUCUUCUUAGGAGAGGAACUCGGAGCUGUUCAGCAACUGAUCUACGACAGCAACGACAGCAACGACGACAACGCUCCACGGAAGUGCACUGGAUUACGCACCAAGGACGGCCGUAUGCACGAAGCGGACCUGACCAUCGUAGCCGCAGGUGCAUACGGUGCCAACCUAGUCCCCGAAGCAGGUGCCCAGAUCGUCGCUAGAUCCUGGUCCGUCGCUCACAUCCAAUUGACAGAUGAAGAGGCAUCAGCUCUGCGUGGCAUCCCGGUAACCUACGCCCGUGACUUGGGGUUUUUCUUUGAGCCCGAUCCCAAGACGAAUCUCCUCAAGCUCUGCCCCAUGGGUGCCGGGUACAUCAAUACCAAUCCGAAGGGUAUUUCUGUUCCUCCGUCGUCGUUGGCUGAAAGCGAAUUCAUCCCCGCGGAGGAUGAGAUGAAAUUACGCAAGCUGCUCCGUGAGACGCUACCUGCGCUGGCGGAUAGGCCGUUCAUUGAGAAAAAACUCUGCUGGAUUGCUGAUUGCACUGACUCGGAGUACGUCAUUGACUAUGUGCCGAAUACGGGGUCUUCUGUGGUGUUUUUGUCCGGGGAUUCAGGACAUGGGUUUAAGAUGCUACCUGUUUUUGGGAAAUGGGUGCAGACACUGCUGGAAUCUGGAGGAGACGAACAGCCCAUCGCUCGCUGGCGGUGGAAGGAGAAUGCUAAAUCCGCGGAUUGGGGUGGUGCUGUUAGUUGGCGUGUAGGGGAGACGAGGGAGUUUAAGGAUCUACGGCCGUCGAAACUGUAGCUGUCUCUCAUAGCAUACGGGGAUAGACUAGAUACAUGCUGCCAGCUAUUGAUACCAUCGUAUGGCUGAUAUUUCGAAAUUUGCGCCCAGUUGUACGCAACCAGCGUCAUUAGUUAGGGUUGCUGAAUAGCCGACCCUAAGAGAAUCAAGGCUGCAGUAUGGUCAGCAUCUAUGUCAAUAGACAAUCCAUCUGCUGGGCUGCCUCUGCAGUAGCAAUAAAUUCAUGUUCC